GUAAAGUCUACCUCCACUAAAAGAACCAUUAAUAUAUAAUAUACUCUAUAUAAUAUAGAAUGAAGAUUACUUUUCCGCUGUAAAGCAUUAGGUAGUAGGUAAAUAUUAGUACAGUUUAUUUUACUCAAGCGACACAUUCACGGGUUGUUGAACUAUUUCUUGAGUACUAAUUUCUUCUUCGAUUGCUGCAUUUGGCUGUCUAUUGAGUAUUAAAAUUAUUGUAUUUCGUAUAAAAGAAGUACUCCUGAACAUGUUGCUGGGAAAAUUGGCCUUUGUCACAGGAGCUGGAGGAGGAAUCGGUAGGGCUGUAUGUCGUUCGAUGGCCCUGGAAGGUGCCAAAGUUGUAGCUGUCGACAUCAAUUUGAACAAUGUACAAUCGACAGUUUCCGUGCUCACAGACAAUGACCACCAAAGUUACCAGCUAGAUGUAUGCGAUAUGGAAUCUGUAAACAGUGUCGUACAAAAAGUUUGCUCACAUUAUUCUUCUCCACCAACUAUUGUAGUCAAUGCUGCAGGUAUAACACGUGAUAAUUUCUUAUUGAAAAUGUCUGUUCAAGAUUUUGAAAGAGUAUUUGACGUAAACGUGAAGGGAACUUUUCUAGUAACUCAAACGAUAUGUAAGAAAUUGGUAGAAAGUGGUCUGUCCGGUUCUAUAGUGAAUGUCGGAAGCAUAGUUUCUCAACGUGGUAACAUGGGGCAGUGUAAUUAUUCAGCGAGCAAAGCAGCUGUUGACGUUUUCAGCAAAACUGUAGCUUUAGAAAUGGCCAAAUACAAUAUAAGAUGCAACACUGUUCUACCCGGUUUCACUAUAACACCAAUGACUGAUUUAAUACCAGACAAAGUGAAAGACUAUUUUAAAUCUGCCAUACCAAUGGGCAGAUUUUCUGAUUCAAAUGAAAUAGCAGAUGUAAUUACAUUUUUAGCAUCUGAUAAAAGUUCAUACAUGACUGGUACGUCAAUACCUGUUAGUGGUGGGUUUUAGUUAUACAUUUUCUUGUCGAUAAUAAAUAUGAAUUUAAAUAUGACAAAAAAAAAAUUGAAUUAAAAAUUGUAUAGAAAAGAGGUUUUUUAGGGAAUUUUUAUAGUUAAAAAAUAAUAUAUUUUGUUAUUAUAAUAU